GGGGGCAACGGUAAGCUGUUGAAUGGGGGGUGGUGGCAAACGGUGAGUGUGAAGUGUUAUGUGUGACAGCAUUCCUCUUCCUCUGAGCUGCUGGAGAAGGUGAAGAAGAACAGGAGAAGGAACUCAAGCUCCCAACAACUGGAGUAGUGAGUCACUUCCAGCAGCAAUCACUGCAGCUGCUGGAUCAUUCAACGUUUAAGGAGUCCAACAUUCAGUCGUUUCUGCAGAGGAACCAGACGUCAGGAAGUCCAGGUUGUGGUGAGGGAUGAGGAUGUGGGUGGAGACAGACUGACAGGACAAUGUUAAAGAACUGAGACAAGUUUCCCUCAGGACAAAUAUUUCCUCAUCUGAAACUGUGAAACAAAAUGGCCGCUGUCCCCGUGUGGUCGUGGCUGCUCGCCUUGAUGGUGGUGGCGGCCGUCUGUGACGGGACGUUAGUUGUGGUAAACUCGGGUGUGCAGGUCACCAGGGGGCGCUCAGUGUUCGUCACACAGAAGGACCUGAAGAUCAACGUGGAGCCGACAGCGGACUGUAAAGUAGAGGUGGUGAUGAACGAGCCGGUCACGCAGAGAGUGGGGAGGCUGACACCUCAGGUGUUCGACUGCAGUUUCCUUGAGAACGAAGUCAAAUAUGUCCACAGUGGCAGUCCACUGCUGGACGAGGACACUGUGAUGCUCAGAGUCUACAGGUUCACGUCUUCAGAAACACUGGUGGAGACGGUGGUUCUUCCCGUGCGGGUGCUGGACUCAGGUCCUGGUGUGGUGGAGCUGGGCAGUGUUCCUCUGGUGGUUCCUCAGUUCUACGCUUUAUCCAACGCCAUCGACGGCUCCGUGAUCCGCAUCGCGACUUCAGACGACGUGGUCUGCACAGUCAGACUCUUGACCGCCGACACCAACGUCCCUGCUCUGGGUCAACUGGUGAGGGAGGGGGACGCUGUGCUGAGGAAAGGCAGAGAGACAGCGGGGCUCUGUCCUGGAAACAAACCCUGUCCUCAUGACACCAAGGAAGUCCGUUUCCUCAAAACCAGCUGCCAGGACUUCCUGAGCUCAGGUCUGAAGUACCAGCACCUCAGCCCUCCGUCCCCGGAGAUCGACUACAUCCCCAUCAGGGUGGAGCUGAGGGAGCAGAACACCCGGACGCUGCUAGAAACAGAGGCGGUGUGGUUGCCCGUUUUGAUCCACGGCGCGAUGCAGAACCAGCCCCCCCACGCCGCCUUCAUGGCCUCCUUCAUCCUGGAGGUGGACCAGUUCAUCCUCACACCGCUCACCACCGCGGCGCUGGACGCCGAGGACCACGAGACCCCGCAGGAGAGGUUGGUUUUCAACGUCACCGUCCCGCCCCCCGAAGGCUACGUCACCCACCUGGACGACCACACCAAGCCCGUCAGGUCCUUCACCUGGGCGGACCUUCACGAGAUGAAGGUGGCCUACCAGCCGCCCAACAACAGCCAAUCACAGCGCAGGAACUAUGAGGUGGAGCUCCAGGCUAUAGACGGUUCUUACAUGACCAGUCCACCCAUCCUGGUUCACAUCUCCAUCAGGACAACAGACACAAACGCGCCCAGAGUCUCCUGGAACAUGGGUCUGGAUCUGUUGGAGGGUCAGUCCCGACCAAUCACUUGGGAGGAGCUGCAGAUCGUUGACAACGACAACAUUGACGCGGUUAACCUGGUGGCUGUGGACGGUCCACUACACGGACGUCUCAGUGUCAGAGGUGGGAAGGCGUUCAUGUUCCGCGUGCGGGACCUGAAGGACGGCGUAGUCGUCUACCAUCACUCGGACAGCGACACCACACGCGAUCACGUCGUCUUCCGCAUCAGCGACGGCCGCCACAGCAUCCGCCACAAGUUCCCCAUCAACAUCCUGCCAAAGGACGACUCCCCGCCUUUCCUCAUCAACAACGUGGCAGUUGAGGUGCAGGAGGGCGGAGCCGUGAGGCUGGAGGAGUACAUGCUGUUAGCCUCGGACCUGGACUCCAGCGACGACUACAUCCUCUACCAGGUGGUCGCCUCCCCCCGAGCUGGCCAGCUGGUCAGGAAGACCUCCAGCCAGGAUACAGGAGUUCCAGUGGACAGUUUCCUGCAGAGAGAUCUUCUCCAGGGUCAAAUCUACUACCAGCACUCAGGAGACGAGCAGUUUGAGGACUCCUACGAUGUCAUGCUGUCCGACAGCCACCAGCCGCCCAACCUCUCCCAGACAUAUACUGUGGUGAUCCAUGUUUUCCCCGUGAAGGACCAGCUGCCCGUGGAAGUGUCCGGCAGCGUACGCUCUCUGACGGUGAAGGAGACGGACGUGGUUUACAUCGCUCAGUCUCACCUCCACUUCACAGACAGAGAACAUCCAGGCACUGACCUGACCUACGUCGUCACGCAGCCCUGCUUCAGCCCAAUGCAUCCUGGGCUGAUGGACGCAGGACGUCUGUUCUACACAGACACCAGCAACGCCAUGAAGAGAGACCACAUGGUGCCGGUGUUAAAGUCCUUCACACAGCAUGCAGUGAACCACAUGAAAGUGGCCUUCAUGCCUCCUGUGGAGGACAUCGGCCCGGAGCCGAUCUUUGUCCAGUUUGUCUUCUCUGUCAGCGACCACCACGGCGGCACCGUCUCCGGACUCGUCUUCAACAUCACCAUCACUCCUGUGGACGACCAGGCACCAGAGGCCUUCACAAACCUGCUCCGUGUGGAGGAAGGCGGAGCAGCCUUUGUGACCGAGGAGCACCUCCUGGUGCGAGACCAGGACAGCAGGGAGGAGAACCUGAGGGCGGAGGUUCAGAGGAUGCCUCGUCACGGCAGACUGGAGCUGCAGGGACAGACGCUGCUGCAGGGAAACUGGUUCACACUCCAAAACCUGAGAGGACUUCGACUCAGGUACAUCCAUGAUGACUCAGAGACCACAGAAGAUCAGGUCAUUCUGAAGGUGACGGACGGUGUGAACUUUGCAAAUGUGAUCUUACCGAUACAGAUCCUGCCGAUGAACGACGAGCCUCCCCAGCUGGGCAGAGGGCUGCGGGGGGAGCUGAGCUGUGAGGAGGGCGGGCGAGUCCAGGUGACGGUGGACUACCUGUCGGCUACAGACCGCGACAGCGACGACUCCAGGCUGACCUACAUGUUGGCGCGGAGUCCCGGCCGAGGGGAGCUGCACAGAGCCGGACUGAGUGUGGACAAGUUCUCCCAGCAGGACUUGCUGCAAGGACACAUUUACUACGUCCACACUGGUGGAGAGAUCGGAUCUGAGCCGGUGUUCGACACCGUCACUCUCAUCAUCUCUGACGGUGAGGCCGGUGGGACGGAGGGUUGUUGCCAUGGAGACGCGCCACCCCCUCCUGUCCCCCUACACGGCACUCUUCCUGUGUACGACCUGAACAUCACCAUCCUUCCCAUCAACAACAGAGUCCCCAUCAUCACUCUGGGUGAGUCCUUGUUGGUGGUGGAUGAAGGUUCCUCAGCCUGUUUGUGUGGGGGAGUUGUAGGAGCCUCAGACCCUGACAGCCCCCCCGACCAGCUAACCUUCCACCUGGACACCCCACCUCUCCACGGCUUCCUGGAGAACACGCUGCCGACACCUGGCUCGGAGAAGAGCAACGCUGGACUGCGAGUUGAAUCCUUCAGCUACGUUCACCUGACAUCUGGUUUCAUCAACUACGUCCAGUCAGAGCACAAAGGGGCGGAGCCAACUGUUGACCAGCUUUCCAUCAGCGUGAGUGACGGAGUUUAUCGCUCUGCCCCUGUCCCCUUCUACAUCAUCAUCCAUCCGACCAACGAUGAGACACCUUCUCUGCUGCUGGCCAACUUCACGGUGAAGGAAGGCGGGAUCAGAGAACUGACUCCGUCCAUACUGGACGGCGUGGACCUGGACGCCCCUCCAGAUCUCCUGACCUUCACCGUGGUGCAGCCGCCAGCUCACGGUCGCCUGAUCAACGGCAUCUACGGCGCAGAGCUGAGCCGCUACAACGAGAUGGGAGCUGAACUUUUGCAGAGGAGCCUCCCGGUCACCUCCUUUACCCUGCAGGAGCUCCGACAAGGCAUGAAGAUCAUGUACAUGCACGAUGACACAGAAACCCUGGAGGACGCUGUGGCUCUGCAGCUGACAGAUGGCGUCCACACAGUCCGGGGGACGGCCUGGGUCACCGUGCUGCCGGUCAACGACGAGAAACCACGAUUGCUCAAGAACGCUGGGUUGGACGUGGACUCAGGUGAGCGCAGGGUGAUUUCCAGUGUUGCCCUGGAGGCCGAGGACGUGGACACGCCCCCAAACCAGGUGUACUACUUCAUCAAUGCUGCGCCGCGAUUUGGAAAACUUCAGCUGAAGACACGGUCGGGUUGGACUGAGCUGUCGUCGGGUCAGAACUUCACCCAGGACGACGUGGAGAUGAACCGUCUGUGGUACGGACACCACCCAGAAGCUACCGCCGUCGGCUUCAGAGGUCACGACAGUUUCCGCUUCACCCUCAGUGACCUGGACAACGAGUCGCCCGCUCAGAGCUUCUUCAUCGCCGUCCACACUGUGCAGAAAGGUGACAUAGUGCUGCUGAGCAAGGCAGUGCAUCUGAGGGAGGGGCAGCGGGUCGUCCUGAACACGGACAUCCUGCUGGCGUCAGACGCGGCGGGACGUCCGGAGGAGCUGCUCUACGCCGUGUCCGUCCCGCCUCGGCACGGCCUCGUCCACGCCGUCCGGAGGCCCGGCGUCCCGCUGACCGGCUUCACGCAGCUGGACGUGGCCGCGCACCAGGUGUGCUACACCCACGACAACAGCCAUGAUGCAGAGUCCGACUCCUUCAGUUUCCUCGUCACCAACGGAGACUCGUCCCGCAGCGGCGUCCUCCACUUCACCAUCGAGCACGGCGACCGCAUCCCCCCGACCCUAAACCACAACACCGGCCUGCGUCUGCCGGACGGAGCCACAGAGACCAUCACCUCUGCCCACCUGCAGCUCACUGACCCCGACACUGCCGCAGCCAACCUGAGCUACGUCGUCACGCAACCGCCGCGACACGGGAAACUGCUGCUGGGAGGAGUCCCGCUCACGAUGACUCCUCCCUCUCCUCUGAGCUUCACCCAGACUGACGUGGAGGAGCUGAACCUGGCUUACCGCCAUGACCCGGGCAGCCCCGCCGACAUCGACAGGUUCUACUUCCUGCCGACGGACGGAACCAACCGAGGAUACCUGGAGUUUGGACAACUGAGGGAGGAGCACGCUGUUUUCAACAUCCAGGUGGACCGGGUGGACAGGACUCCUCCCACUCUGACCACCAGGCGGAGUGCCAGCACCGUGGUGGAUCUGGGCGGUGGACGUUACGGCGUCUUCAUCACCAACAAACACCUGCAGGCGUCUGACCCUGACAGUCCCACAGAGGAGCUGCAGUUCUCCAUCAGCAGACCUCCACACUUUGGUUACCUGGAGAACGUCCUCACAGGAGCUUACAUCAGAGGACGCUUCACUCAGCGGGACGUGGAUCAGCGCGCGGUGCUGUACGUCCUUCCCGCCGACAUGGAGGUGACGGCGGACAGCUUCGAGUUCCGCCUCACUGACCCGGCAGGAAACGCCGCCCUGCCUGAAAUACUGGAGUUGUCCUGGUCUCAGGUGGAGUUGUCAGCGACCUGCUACAGAACCUGUGAGACAGCGGGGACUCUUCAGAUCCAGAUCCAGCGCAGUGGGAGGAGCAUGGACCCGGCCUACGUGGCGAUUCAGGUGGAGGAAGGAUCAGCUAAACCCGGCAGAGACUUUACUCACAGCACAGCCGGACUCAUCCAGUUUGACCCAGGAGUCGUCGUGAAAACCUGGAACAUUUACCUGAUCGACGACGGACUGGAGGAAAACCACGAGACCUUCACUGUCGUCCUGAAGAAUCCCAAAAACGCCGUCCUGGGACAGAGGACGUCUGCGAGUGUGGAGAUCAUUGACCCCAGAGGAGGAAAGUGUGACCCUGACGACCUGGUGGACGACGAGGACAUAAAGCAGCCGCCUCCUCGUCCUCGUCUCCCUGACCCUCCUAAGAUGGAGGAGGUGGAGCCUGUCACUGACAUAGAGGCGGAGCUAGUGUGGGAGACCCCGCCUCAUCCUCCCAGAGGAGACGUCCCAAACCGCCGACCGUAUCAAGACUACAGAGACGGGGAAGCACAGGACCAGGCGUCCCCCGCCUACAGCCACACCCACUUCCACAGGGGACAGAACACGGGGGACAGAGGACACGGAGGGUUAAAGGUUCAUGUGUCAGGAGAGAGAAAGUCUGAAGAGAAAGUUUGGACGUUCCACAGUUUGACUCCACUCAGACUGGAGGAGCUGAAGCCUGGUGAUGCUGGGUGGAGCUGGUCUCCUCACAGAGGCGGAGACAGAGGCGGAGACAGAGGUGGAGACGCUCCUCAGAUGGACAAUCCAGCACCAAGACACCGCCUGGAGCUACGGCAACACAAGACCAGGAAGUCCAUGAGCAGCUCGUGUCCUGAAGGUUGGACUCACUACAGGAGGCGCUGUUACGUCGUCAGCUCGUCUGUAGCGAGCUGGGCCAGCGCUGAGAGAAGCUGCUCCCUGCUGUUUAACAGCAGCCUGAGCAGCGUGCGCUCCAGGAGAGACCUGACCUGGCUCUGGAAGUUUGCAGGGAAGAAGCCAUUUUGGAUCGGUCUGUCUGUGGGUCCCAGUGGUUUGAUGUGGGCUGAUGGUCAAACAGUGUCCUUCUCCAGACUGAAGGGGGCGCCCUCAGGUCGUCACAGUAGCGGCUCCGAUGACUGCGUGCUGGUUGAAAACCCGCAAAGCUGGAUUUCCACGAGCUGCUCAGCGCAAACACAACACGCAUUCAUCUGUUCAUCGACGUCUCAGAGUCACUGACGGACGAUGUUUAGUCGUAUUUAAUGUUUCUGUAACGAUGCUGCUCUGUACAUUAGUUAUCAUAUUUUGUCAUAAUAAAGUUUUACUCUACAAUGA